UCCGUGAAACCCUUCAAAACCCAUUUUUAGAGAGAGAGAAGAAGAAGAAGAAGAAGAAGAAGAAGAAGAAGAAGAAGAAGAAGAAGAAGAAGAAGAAGAAGAAGAAGAAGAAGAAGAAAAUGGGUGUGGAUUUGAGGCAAGUGGUGGCUGGAAUUCUCACCAUCACCAUGUUUGUGAUGCUGGGGCAAAUGCUUCACAGAGAUUACUUCGAUCCUGCUCAGGAAAAAAUCCAAGGAGAUUCACAUGAUAUUGAGUUCCAAGGAUCAAAAGUAGCGGUUGAAGAUGGACUAGUUAGAACCUUUGAAGGAAAUAAAGGGCCUUGGAUGGAGGAUUGCCAUGAGCUUAAACCUUGUUGGUCAAUAUCUCAGCCUGAUGAAGCGGUAUCUUCCAAGGGUCAUGUUACAUUCUCCUUAACGAAUGGUCCUGAAUACCAUGUCUCUCAGAUUACUGAUGCCGUGAUGGUGGCGAAGCAUCUUGGAGCAACUCUUGUGCUUCCCGACAUAAGAGGAAGCAAACCUGGUGAUGAAAUGAACUUUGAAGAUAUCUAUGAUGUGGAUAAACUCGUUAAAAGCUUGGAAAGUGUUGUCAAAGUUGUAAGCAAGUUGCCAAGCCACGUAUCUCUAAGAGAUAUCGCCAUUGUUAAGGUUCCUACUCGAGUUGCAGAAGAUUACAUCAAGGAACAUAUUGAUCCCAUCUUCAAAUCAAAAGGGAACAUAAGAGUUACAACCUAUUUCCCUUCCGUGAAUCUGAGGAAAUCUUCGCGGGAUGCUGAAACCGACCCUGUCUCUUGUUUGGCGAUGUUUGGUUCCUUGGAACUGCAAACCGGAGUGAAUGAACUGGUUGAAUCUAUGAUACAGCGGCUGAAGUCACAUAGCAAGAAAUCCGGUGGCCGUUUCAUAGCCAUAGACUUGAGAGUUGAGAUACUUGAAAAGAAAAAUUGCCAUGAAACAGGUGCAGUGGGAUCCAAAACCUGUUACAACGCUCAAGAAAUCGCAUUGUUCUUGAGGAAGCUUGGAUUUGGCAGCGAUACAACUAUAUAUCUGACUCAGCCAAGAUGGGACAGUAGCCUCAAUAUUCUUAAGGACAUUUUCCCGAAAACGUUUACUAAGGAGGCGAUAAUGCCAUCAGACAAGAAAUCGAAGUACCUCGAAUUAGAAAAUUCCGAGUAUGAAAAUGUUAUUGACUUCUACAUAAGUUCGAAGAGUGACGUAUUUGUGCCAGCCAUUCCUGGUCUGUUUUACGCAAAUACAGUUGGAAAAAGGAUAGCUUUAGGGAAGCCUCAAGUUCUGGUUCCAGCCGAGAUCUCAGGAACAUCCGGUCUUUCAACUGAUUACAUAUCUCCUUACAUCUCAAAGAAGAACCAUUUGGCGUAUUCGUGCUUUUGCUGAACUUGUCUGGUGGAAACUUAUGAGGGAAAUGUUUUGACAAAAAGUGAUCUUUGAAGCAGAAAAAUCCAUGGAAAGGUCUUGUCACCAAGUGUAAGCCAAUUUAGUUACCAGGUUUUUCUUGGGUUGUUUAUUGAUAAAGUUUAGCUCGAUACCAGUUCGAUUUUAGUCAAGUGUUCUCUCAUUGGGGUUGUCUUGUUUAGGAAAAGAAAACUUUUGUAAGUUACAUUCUGAUUCUAUUGGCCCAUAGCUUUUGCAUCCUAUUCAAUA